UACUCCUAGUUGUAAGCAUUCUUCUCACUCUCCCUGUUUCAGUGAGACCACCAUCCGCACUGACCGUCUGGAGGAAUCUCUAGCGCCAGGGUCGCUGUCCAGCCUUCUAGCCAUGGCUCGGGCGCAUAUUGGUACUUUUCUCUCCUGCUCGCGUCCCCAGUGCUCCGUGCUUCGAACCGCCUCACCUUCCAGAACUUCGUCACUCCCUCGUUGUUCAGCCGCAAUCACUACACGCACGCCACUCGUUGCGCUCUCCAGCAAUCGCUCUGCACUGCCAGCCGUCUCCCAGUCGCCGCCACGGGACAUCCAUCUCCACUGUCGGCGAAAUACAUCCUCAGCCGCUGCAGCGAAUUCUGUCAAAUUGUCGACGGAAUCAGGCGUGGUUGACUAUUUCGCGACGGACAACCGACCCAUCGUGCUUUACGACGGAGUGUGCAACAUGUGCAAUGGCGGUGUCAAUUUCGCCCUCGAUGCCGAUCCACAGGGUCGUCUCCGCUUCGCUGCAUUGCAAAGCGAGGCAGGGCGUGCACUGCUGGCUCGCUCCGGACGUUCGCCAGACGACAUCAGCAGCAUAGUGCUGGUUGAGAGGGAUGGUGCGUACAUAAAAUCUGAUGCUGUGUUGAGGAUAGCUCGACUCCUUGACCUCCCAUACCCGCCAUUGGCCUUCCUUGCCUCGCUCGCACCCAAGCCUUUAAGGGAUAUGGUGUAUGAUGGUGUUGCAAACAAUAGAUAUUCUAUUCUUGGCAUGCGUGAUGUGUGUAGAAUAUCAGAUGGGAGAUAUGAAGAUCGCUUUAUUUCAUAACUCACCCACUAGGCAUGAGCUCUAAUUUGUGUGUAUUGAUGACUGAACAGGUGCCAAUAUAUAUGAUAUAACAGC